GAGCGGGAGGUUGUUUAAACUGAGAAAGACAGUCGAAAACUUCAUGCAACUGCGUGAGCUCCAAGCUUCAAACGCGUUCUCAUGCUCAGACGAGACCUUUAUUUUUCAUCAAGUUACUUUUUACAUUGUUUUGCAGCAGCUUUGAAUAAUAAACACAUUUUCCUGCUUUAAUUUUUUUAAUGCUUUCUAAAUUCAUGGGACAACCAAAGCAAGCAAGCCUCAUGUUUUGGGGGAAAGUUUGAUAUCAGCAAUGCCUAGAAAAGAGCCAAAGAUGUUUGUCUUGCUCUAUGUUACGAGUUUUGCCAUUUGUGCAAGUGGACAACCUCGGGGUAAUCAGUUCAAAGGAGAGAGCUACUCCCCGAGAUAUAUCUGUAGCAUUCCUGGCUUACCUGGACCUCCAGGACCCCCUGGAGCAAAUGGUUCCCCUGGGCCCCAUGGUCGCAUCGGCCUUCCGGGACGAGAUGGGAGAGACGGCAGGAAAGGAGAGAAAGGUGAAAAGGGGGCUGCAGGUUUCAGAGGUAAGACUGGACCACUGGGCCUGGCUGGAGAGAAAGGGGACCAAGGAGAAACUGGGAAGAAAGGACCCAUGGGCCCCGAGGGGGAGAAAGGAGAAGUAGGUCCAGCUGGGCCUCCAGGACCAAAGGGAGACAGAGGAGAGCAAGGGGACCCAGGGCUGCCUGGAGUUUGCAGAUGUGGAAGCAUCGUGCUCAAAUCUGCCUUUUCUGUGGGCAUCACGACCAGUUACCCAGAAGAAAGGCUACCAAUCAUAUUUAACAAGAUCCUCUUCAAUGAGGGUGAGCACUACAACCCAGCGACGGGGAAGUUCAUCUGUGCCUUCCCGGGGAUCUAUUAUUUUUCUUACGAUAUCACAUUGGCAAACAAACACCUGGCAAUUGGGCUGGUACACAACGGGCAGUACCGGAUAAAGACCUUCGACGCCAACACGGGGAACCAUGACGUGGCUUCAGGGUCCACGGUCAUCUAUCUGCAGCCGGAAGAUGAAGUCUGGCUGGAGAUCUUCUUCACUGACCAGAACGGCCUCUUCUCAGAUCCCGGUUGGGCAGACAGCCUGUUCUCCGGAUUCCUCCUAUAUGUUGACACAGAUUAUCUAGAUUCCAUAUCAGAAGAUGACGAGCUGUGAUCGGGACCGCUGACUGGUUCCAAGAUCCUCGUGGGAGAUACUUUGAUUUCAUCUGGGGCCCCGGAAGGUGGAGCAAGAAGUAACAAGACCCAAAGAGACUCCCACUCAGAAUCCAGAGCGUUUGCAAACGGCUCUAGCAGAAUCCAUUAAAACAAGAUGAACCACCAAAAUGUUCGAACCACAACAAAAUGAAUUAUAUAAAACAAUAACCCCAGAUAUGAAUUCUCUUGAAAGCAAUGUUCAUAAAUAUUUAAACAAAUUCAAGACAAUGUUAACAAAUUUUCUAUUAAAUUCCCUUAGUGAUAAAACCAGCUGGCAAUGAUAUUGUCUCAUUAAAUCUUUAUAAAAUUACAUUUUUUGCCUGUUAUUUAAGAGAAUCAUAACAUCCCAGAAAUGUCUUCGACAAUUCUCAAAAGGCUAUAAUUAGUCAAAAGCCAAAGGUAAGAGAUGCUGAGUAAUUUCAAGAAUGCUAAAGUGAAGUGAUAAUGUUCUGUUUUAUUAUUUAUUUCUUUGUGCUUGUAUAUAUUUACUCAACAACUCUUUAAUAAGCCUGUAUAAACCAGAUAUUAUGAUGCCGGCUCAGAUCUAAUAAUAAGUUAAGACAAAAUCCCUGCCUCAUACAGACUAGCGUGUGAUGAGCAUACUGUCACAGUUCAGUGUGAUAAGCAUCAAGGCAAACAGACUGACUCGA